AAUAAUUGAAAAUAAAAAUAAUAAUACUUAGUAAUGGAGGAAGGUGCAACAAUAGAAGAAACACUUGUUUUAGAAUGGACCACUGCCGUAGAAGCACUUGACUCUGAAAAUAUUAAAGAGCUGUUUGACAUUCGACCCAGUUUAUUGUGGACUCCACUUUUACCUCUGGCUCAUCUCGAAACAGACUUUUCACACUUUAUUCAACGCUUGAAGGAUUAUAAAUUAUUAGGGACUUCUAUACGUCCUUUAUACGCCCUUCACCAUAUCUUGUUUGACUAUGGUGUCCCUGAUGAUGAAUGGGCACCAGAGAGAAUUGAGCUUGUAGAAUAUAUUUUAAAGAAUACAAAAGAUAAUGAAUUGAAUACUUGUUUCUGGGGUACAGAGGAAAACACCGUGAUACAUUUAGCUUACUUCUUACAACAAGACGAAUUAAUACAACAGUUGAAAGACUAUGGUGCUGUAACUACAAUUCCUAAUAAAAACGGGCUUUUACCCACCAUCCCGGAUGCUCAACCCCAAGUCAAGCUUUUAAAAACGAAGCCUGUUGUCGCCAAAGAUAAAGCGCUAUCCACAAACGCAUCGGAUAGAUUUAAACGGCUUCGCGAACUGGCAGAAUCUCCCAACGUAAAUAAACCCACAUCUACAGAGCGACAAAAUUCCACGCGUCGUUAUUUUAGACCUGGACAUUUGGAAGAAAGAAAGCGUCGAGUAUUGAGUGAAGAAGAAGAAGCAGAAUUAGAAAAAAAGAUCUUUAUACGUCAAAAGGAAGUUGAUCAGUUGGCUCAACGAUCUGCAGUAAAAAACAAUCCAUUAUUUAAAAAGUUCGAAGAACAAAAACAACAAAAAGAAUUGGAUGCAAAGAGAACGCCUUCUCUUACCGCUGCCUCUGCUGUCAGGGACCGAAAGAAGUUGCUAGGUGCUGCAGAUCAGAUUCGCCGUACUUCGCGGGUCAUCAAUUCGCUAAAAGAUCGAUCCUAUGUUUCUUCGAGUGUAUUUCGUCAAGCUCAAGAAGCGGAAGCCGCGGCUAAUAGUGUUCGGAGUGGCAAGUCGUUGCACGUACCUACCUUAGCCAAGUUGCGUGGAUCACCCAUUACAAGUCCUAUCGCAAGUCCCAUCGCAAGCCCCAUAGCAAGUCCCGUUGCCAGUGACAAUGAAGAAGAGAAAGAUUUACAGACGGAUAAUUUGGAAAAAAACGAACUAAAAAAAAAAGACGAGGAUUUAAUUGAACCUGAAGUGAAAAUCGUGAUUACAGAAACCAGCAUCAAUGAUAGCGUAGUUAAAAACGAGAUCCCCAAAGAGAGCGAUACUUCCCUUAAACAAAGAAUAAGCACCGAUGAUAAGCGUGAUGUAACAGAAGACGAAUUAGAAGCACUCUCGGUUGGUCGUCUAGGAAAUCGUGAUAUUUCAUCCAAUUUAAAACCGACUAAAAAAGAAAUCGAAAUCGCAUCCAGCAAAGUCAAAGACAUUGUCAAUGUUCACGAACAUCUAAACGAUGAGGACGAGCGUGAGAUUUACACGGUAGGAAAAAAGUUCGAAGUUUGGAAAAAGGAGGUAUCAGAAGAAGAAAUUGAUAUACAAAAAACUGCCACAGUCAAAAAAACGGUUGAUAUAUCGCCUUCCUCUAGUCAAGAACUUCUUUCUUCUCCCCAGACACUUCCACUACCAGAAGAAACUUUUGCUGUAGUAGAUCAUAUAGAAAAGUCUUUAUUAACAAGCAUAGACAAUGAAAAUCGAAACAAAGAAAGGUCAUUACCGGUUAAAACCAAAUCCGAUUCUGUCACAGUUAAAAAGGAUGUCAAAAUUCCAGACUCCUUUUCUGUCGCUGUCAAGGAUAAAGUACAGAUAGUGAAUGAAAUUUUGGCCACCAAUGAAAAAAAUGCAGCCGUCGCCAACAAAGAAAAGACGGAGGUGAGUUAUGCGUAUAAAAAUAAUUCUUCAGACAAGCUGGAUCAAGUGGCAUCGACACAAUCCUCGAUAGAAAGAAAUAUUCCUACUUCAGUAAUCAUACCAAACGAUAAAUCUAUUACCAUAACACAGCCUUUACAUCAACCCCAGUCGACUAUGGAAGAUAAAGAGCCAUGUAUUGAUAUGCCUACAGCAGUAAAGAAUCAAAAUAAAAUCAAGCCGACUACACUGUUAUCCCCAUCAUUACUACAAUCGGACGAUAGAACAUAUAAUGUGGUCCGGUCUAUGGAAGAUAACAAGCCCAGCAACCAAUUAGAAAUUCUAGCAACCAAUUUAUCUGUAAAUGGUCAAAAUUUAGACAAAGAUCACACUCUUUUAAACAACUUGUGUCCCGAUAUCAAAACACAGGCAUCUGUUAAUUCUGCAUUCAAAGAUCAAUAUGCAGAAAAUUCAAAAGAUGCAUUGCCGAGUGAAACAAUAGAAAAGGCGGCUUUUGAUAAAGUGGAUGGCUAUAACAAUAUGCCCGGAAGUGUAAUUCCUACUGUAGUUAAUAAGACCGAAAUAACGCCAGCUAUUGUAGAAUGUAAUGACGAUAAUAAAACUUCACUUAGAGAUGCUGAAGAAAGUAACACCCAAGUAUUCAACAAAGCAAACAUGAGUAUCACACCUAUUUUACCAAGCAAAACAACUGAGCUGAUAGAAGAAACAUCUGAUUCAGAUGUAUCCGUAGACGACAGCCCAACCCCAAUUAUGUUAUCUACUAACCAUGAAGCAGAAACAUUUGAUAAAGUUGCUGAUACAUAUGCUGUAUCACCUAACUUCAACAAAGCACCCGCUCCUGGAAAUACUGACGACACUUUUGUGGCAUCUCAAUCAAGUUCAAAUAUUCCGAGAAAAACGGAUUCUUUCGCUAGCAGUCAGUUCUUCUCAGACGACGAUGAUGAUUCUAGUGAUGAGUACUUUAGCCAAACGCAAGUUGCGGAAAAGCAAUCCUUGAAUAGUGUACCACCAUUUAAUACAACAUUGGAUCAGCCGGACACACAAUCUGAAUACCAGUCUGAUUAUGAAUACGAUGCUUCGUCAUUUUUAGAUGAUUUGACUUUUGAAGAUGAUAUAGUGGCAAAUACUUCCCCUAUGCCAUCUAACAACAAUGAGCCUACGAUACAUAUUGAGCACGAUAUAUCUGAUGACGAGGAUGAUAUGACAAAUAUCCCUUCUAUAGACACCAACGCACCACCAGAAGAGGCCAACCAUGUUAUAUGUCUUGAAAUCAGCACAAAUAAAAGUCGGAUGAUGAUUGAAGAAGAAAGCGAUGAAGAUGAAGCUUCAACACCAACUCUAGCGACUUUUAAAAAGACACGGGCUAUCGAAAGCAGUGACGAUGAAGAAAGUAGGACAGAAUGGAAUACUGUGUAUAAAGGGCUUAUGACAGAUCAACAAGAGAUUGAAUUUGAAGAAGAUAUUUUGGAGCAACAUCAUAAGACGCUUGAUCCAAGCCGAGUCUCAAUUUCUUCCGAUUUAGAUGAAACAAGUAUUUUACAAACCUUGUCGAUCCAGAAUGAACAACGUCUAAGUAAAUGGACAAAUAAACGACAGAGUGGCAGCCAAAGAAACCAUUGGUCGAUAGGUAUUCAGGAUGCUAUGAAACGAGAGUCUAUGCUAAGCAAAGGCGGCGAGAGUGUAGCAGCAAGUGAGGCCUCCAGUGAUCAGUGGUAUGAUCCUGAUGAUGAAUGGAAUGAACAAGAAGAAAUGCGUAGACAAUCUUUACUAGUAACAGGGUUUCAUAUUGCUCCACCCACCAAAGAGGAUGAUUACACAACAGAUUACUAUUACAACGGAGAACGGGAAGACUACAAUCGACAUAGUGAUUCGUCCAUCAAUACUAAUUCGGAAACAUAUUCUUACAAAAACUCAAAUUCGACAGAGAACACAAACCUGGAUGAAGAUGAAGAAGAUGAACGCAAGCAUUAUGAGCCUUAUCAAGAAGCAGUUGUGCAAGAACAUCGCACACUACAACACGAUGUAAUUGAGGAGGAAGAAGAUGAUUAUUAUUCCACCAACCUUCAUGUCGCUCCCAAUAAAACGAGAGGAGAAAGUAGUUACUACCAUGGAGGCCAGUCAGAUAACGAACAAGAAGAAGGUGAGAUUGUGGUAUUUAUGGAUCAGUUCUCUACGCCGUCUCCUGCAGUAGAAAGGGAACAUGAUGCUUCGUAUUACAACUCCAAUAAACCGUUAACGAAUUUUUCUGCAUCCACCUUGUCGGUUAAUCAAAGAGACGAUGACGAGAUUUCUUUAAUCAAGGUGCCUUCAAGAACUGUUGCCAUUGCUGAAGUGGGCAGUAAACAAGAGGAUGUGCCUCACGAUCCUAAUAAUCCCCGCGUGGAAGACAUUUCGCAUUACAUGAAUAAAUUGCCAGCGUUUGAAAAACAUAAUAGCGAAUCUGCUGUUCGUGGCGGAUCUGCUUUUGACACAUCGGCGGUAGAAGGAGGAUUGGAAAACGAGUCUGUUGUGAUGAAACGUGCUAUCUCUACAACACAAAUACCCGGACAACCCGUAGAGCAAAGUCGUGGAAUUCCCAAUGCACAUGAAAUCAAUAGUGAAUUUUUAGCUGCGGCAGUAGAGAAAAGACCGAGCCAAGAUGACCGGAAGAUCAGUAUGUCAUCCUUGGAAGCAUCAAGUUUUGGAAAGAUGUAUAUUGGUGUAAGUGGAGCACAUAAUAUGUUACUGCCCUUGCCCAAGGAAAUUACAUAUGUGAGAUGUGUAAUUAGUGAUGGUGAGUAUGAAUACAUGUCGCGUUACGAAGUUUUGGGUCAUCAAAUCUUGAUGGAUUACGAAUGCGUGAUCGAUACGCGUCCCGGUAUGAUCAUUACUGUCUCAUUGCAUGUACGACCUGACUAUCAUGUGAAACCUCGCACUGGCUGGAGUCGAUGGUUCACAUCAAUUCGAAAACAAAAAGAGCAUUUAUCCGGCUAUGUCCAUCCCGAAGAUGGAGCCAUCGGACAGACUCGAUUUGCUGUUGAUCAUAUGGUGCCGGGAUGUUAUAAAAAGACAUAUGAGGCGCAUUUUGAUUGUUUCAAUUCGUGGUAUGCUAGAACUACACGCGAAAGAGCUCGACGAGAACAGUUUGGUGAUGACGAAGACUUUUUGAAAAUUGUUGGAAAAUUGAAUGUCGAAAUGUUGUACUUACCCGUCUCGAAUCCAUCUGUACAAGUGCCACGAAGUUUAAGAGAGUGUGAUCUGACCUUAAAGAUUCGACAGUGGCAUGAUACAUGCUGGCAAAGUGGCUUCUUAUCCACACGGCGACAAGGAUUAAAAAUUUGGGAGCGCCAUUAUUACAGAUUAAUAGGUAGCCAACUUAUUGGAUACACAUCGGAUGGUGGGGAUCGACAAGUGUGGGAUCAUUACAACAUGUCUGAUGUGAUACGACUUAGUGCAGCAGCCGACAAAGUGAUUGUGACGCUACUGGGAGAUAGUGAGGAAGAUAAAGUAUUUGGUCAUGAGUCUAUCCAUGCUGAAAACCAUAAAGGCUUCUUCAGAUUAGCCUUCCCAGAUUAUCAUUUGGAUUGUGUGAGUGACGAUCUGGAUGAAAGUGAAGAAUGGGUCAAGACAUUGAAAUCUAUGAUAGGACGCGUGCCUUUACGUCUACCCUUUUCCGAUUAGAAAUAUUUAUUGUACAUAUACAUAAACACUAUUUUUUUUAUUAUUAUUAUU